AGUUUUAAGAUAACGGAAGAGAAAUAUAACUGUACGAGAAAUGAAGUCUACGUAAGUUCUAUUACUCUUUCUAUCUAGUUUUCUAUCUACAAGUGAAAUUAAACGAUGGUUUUGCCAUUAUUAAUAAUCAUUCAACAAUAUUUUAGUUAUUGCAUAAUAUAUAACAAUUCAAAAUAUUGAUAAUAUGUUAACAUUUUAGACGCUUGAAACCACCAGGUUCAGCUCGUAAGCCAAACCGUCCUAAGGGUAAUAAUAUGUUAUCUAAAGAUCCAGUUCAAGUAUAUUGUCGUUUAAGACCAAUGCAACAUCCUGCUGAUAUCUCUUGUAUGAAGCUUAUAUCUGACACAACUGUAAUUAUUACACCACCAGAAUCAGCAACCAAUUUUCGUAAUUCCAAUAAUAAGGAAAUCCAAACAAUAUUCAGUCACGUAUUUCCACCAAGUACGACGCAAAAGGAGAUUUUUAAUGUAGUUGCUGUUCCAUUAGUUGAAAAUGUCAUUCGCGGUAGAAAUAGUCUUUUAUUUACAUAUGGAGUAACAGGCAGUGGCAAAACAUACACCAUGACUGGUGAACCACAAGACGCGGGUAUAAUGCCUCGUUGCCUUGAUGUUAUUUUCAACAGUAUCGCCAAUUAUCAGACAAAAAAAUUCAUCUUCAAACCAGAUAAGUUGAAUGGUUUUGAUGUACAAGGUGAAGCUGAUGCGAUGCUCGAUAGACAAAACGAACUUCAUGCUGGGCUUGUGUCACAGAAAAAUGGAAAGUCUGGCAAGCCAAGGAAGGCGGAGUAUGACAGUGAUAGUAAUCCAAUAGUGAUUCGUGAUGUUGAGGAAUCACAAAUAAUACAAGUGGAUCAAGACACUGCCUAUGCAGUAUUUGUUACUUAUGUUGAGAUUUAUAACAACAGUGUAUACGAUUUACUAGAGGAUGAAGAUAUUAGAAACAAAGAAUUUUCAGGGCAUUGCAGAGUAAAAUAGUUAGAGAAGAUGGUAAUAAGAAUAUGUAUGUACAUGGUGUAACAGAAAUUGAAGUAAAAAGUUCAGAAGAAGCAUUUGAAGUAUUCCAGCGUGGACAACGGAGACGAAGAGUUGCGCACACUGCGCUUAAUGCAGAGUCAAGUAGAUCGCACAGUGUCUUUACCAUUCGUCUUGUACAAGCACCCUUAGAUGGUGAAGGUGAACAAGUUAUACAAGAUAAACGAGUAGUAUGUAUUACUCAGUUGUCUUUGGUAGAUUUAGCUGGUAGUGAAAGAACUAAUAGGACUAAAAAUACAGGUCAACGAUUAAGAGAAGCAGGGAACAUUAAUAAUUCUUUGAUGACACUACGAUCGUGUUUGGAAAUUCUAAGAGAAAACCAGCUUCAGGGUACAAAUAAAAUAGUACCCUACAGAGAUUCAAAGCUCACCCACUUAUUUAAAAAUUAUUUCGAUGGAGAAGGACAAGUUAGAAUGAUUGUUUGCGUGAAUCCAAGGGCAGAUGAUUAUGAUGAAACAAUUCAAGUGAUGAAAUUUGCGGAAAUGACUCAGGAAGUACAAGUAGCUAGACCAAUAAUUACAAAAGUAGAUCUUGGUUUUACACCUGGAAGAAGACAAGCAAAUAAGGUGGUCCAUUUCCUGAAGAUAUUAAUUCUUCGCGUAAUGAUGAAGUAAUUACUAAUUUAAUACGGUUUUUGGAGCAGCGUAUCAACAAACGAAAUGUAUUACGUGCUGAUUUAGAACAAAAACAAAAUGAUCUUAGAAAGAAGAUAAUGACAAUGGAACAAGAAUAUAUGAAGUUAAAAAUUGAAAACGCAUCUUUAAAAGCUGCAAAUUCACAACAAAAUAAGAAGGUUUCUGCAUUAGAAGGUCAUUUAUGUAAAACUGAAGAACAAAUUGACAGCUUACUCCGAAAAUUAAAUAGUGCAAAUGAUACAAUUCGUUGCUUACAGCAAGAGUUGAAAGAUAGAAACAUGGCAUUAAAUCAACGUUUAAUAGAUAAGCAAAGGGUGAAACAAAAGUAUAAUACCAAAAUGCAGGUAGAAACUGAUAAAAUGAAUAAAGAAUUAGAAGUCAAGUUACGUCAACAACGUGAAGAGUUACAGAAUCAAAUGAAAGAAAAGGAAAAUAAAUUAAGAUUAGUAAAGCAAAUUUUAGUUGAUGAUAAUGUAUCUGGUGCUUCUAAAGAUUGUGCGACGCCCACUUCAAAUUUUGUAGUAGCAACUCCAAAAACAGAGGGUCGAUCACGCAAAGAUAAAGCAGCUGUUGUGAACCCAAGAUAUAGGCGAUCACAAAGCGCUGAUAAGUGGAUUGAUCAUAGGCCAGGAGCACUUGUUCCUGUUGGAACCGUUCUGCAACCUUUAAUGCGUAGAAGACGUAGUGUUACACGACUUACAAGUCCAAAAGAAAUAACAGAUGGUGCAUCUAGAUAUUGUUUGGUCGCGCAAGAACGCGAUACCGAUGGUGAACUUGAAACAAAGUUAUUCAAGGGAGAUAUAAUACCUACUAGUGGAGGAGGUGCACAAGUUGUAUUUAACGAUAUGGAAUGUUUAAAACAACUAUCUCCAAAGGCAAGAAAACGUAGUGGUCCACAGGAUAUAGAAAAUGUAAAUGAAAUAGGCUCUUCAAAUCAUUCAUCUAUACAUGCAGAAUUCCAUUCCAAACGCCCACGUGUAACCGAAAGAAGAAUAGAAAAGCCGUUAAAACUGAGAAAAUCGGCGAGAUUUUUGUACGCGCGCUACGAAAGAGAAAUCAAGAGGUCUCCCCAGCAACAGAGUCCGACAAGUGCGAGCAGCAGCCGCCAGAGGUGAAUUUCAAGCCAAUGGCAGCGCUUGGUAACGAAUCGGCGGGAUGA